AUGGCUGCGCAACAGGAGGCAGCAAAGGAUUAUCAGCCAACGCUCCAGGGGCCUUUGGUAGGGGAGAAGACUCCAAGUGAAGCUAUCACAAAUGAAUAUGCUAAGGGCGACCAAGUGUAUGUCGAGAAAACAGCUGCACUUCCCCAAACCUAUUCACAUUAUCGUCCCAUUAGAGGCGACGGUAAUUGUGGUUGGAGAGCAAUUGGUUUUUCUUAUUUUGAGAAGCUCAUCGAACGCGGCGACCAAGCCCAGAUUGAGGGAGAGUUUGCGCGGCUCAAGAGUUUAAACCAUUUGCUGGCCACAGUUGGCCAGUACAACUACUUCGAGGAUUUUGCAGAUGAAGCCUUUGAUCUGCUCCGAGAACUUGCAAGAAUCGUGAACAAGCCAGACGCUGCGCAGUCGCUGCUCCACCAGAGGUGGAAUGACACGGCAGUAGAAGGCAGUCUGAUAUUUUAUUUUCGCUUGCUCGCGGCAACAUACCUCAAGGCAAAUGCAGAAACGUAUGAGCCAUUUAUUCCAGGAGGACAGAGUGUUGGAGAGUAUUGCGGUCAUAAUAUUGAAAUUGUCAACCGUGAGAUUGAGCAACUAGGCAUCAUUGCGUUGGUCAACAUACUACUGAAGCCCGUCAACUUUGUCCUGGAGAUCGCAUAUUUGGACCGAAGUGCCGGCAGCCAAGUCAACCAGUACCGAUUCCCAGAGGAAGCGAAUGGUAAGGAUGCCUCAACCUUGGGCCCGAUCAUUUAUCUACUAUAUCGGCCGGAUCACUACGACAUCUUGUACCGAGCAUCUCCCGUCCAUCCACCCGUGACUACUUCCUCGACGCCUGUAUCUUUGCAGGUAAACAGGGUCACGGGGUUUACACACAACACUGCAUUUAAUAAUACAGGUGCUACAAUGGGCACCUUUUCCACGGUAGAUUUUGGUGCGCUCAGCUUGAUUCCCGGCUUGAGUACUGGCUCUUCCGACGGCCUGGCAAGUUUGAUGUCUAUGCCAGCGGUGACUACCGCAGCAGCCAGUCCCAUCAUUGGAGACGGUUUCUCUCCAAGCCAUCAGGCAGCAUGGAUGUCACAGUAUGGAUCGGACAUGCAGUCGGUGAAGGCCGAGUCACCUACGCAGCAGCCUCCACCGGCAAUGGCGACAGUACAGCAUGCUUCACCAGCUGCUUCCCUAACACCAACGACGCCGAUGAACUCCCAUCCACCGAUGUUACCUCCGUCCGCAAACUUGGGUGCCCAACAACUCCCCCCACACAUGGCGGCGGCGGCUCCUGGGGCGGCGGGAUAUCCAAUACGGUUCAGCACUCACCAACUCGACUAUGAAAAUAACAGCUUUCCGGAGCCCUUUCAGGUGAUGACGAAUACUUUUAAGAAUAGCGUGUGGAAUCGAGCACACUAUGGUAAUCCAGACUUUCAGCCAGAAGAAUGGAAUCCUGAGGAGGAUGGCUGUGAUAAUCGACUGGCUGGGAAGAGAAAGGUUAGGAAGGACUCUGCCUGA